GGAUUUUAAGAAGAAAGCAAAGAGGACCUGCCAAUCAAGAGAUCUAUCAUGACUGGCAAUCCGUGUAAGAGACUUGCCUGGAGUGACUAUGCCUUUGAUUCACAGCACAGACAAGAUCCUGAAGAUUCCCACAAGGCGCACAAGAAGAAAUUUUUAAAAGAGAAGGAAAGGAGACUGUCAGUGAGUCAGUGGGACACAGAUAUACAACCCCUCAUUUCAUCUUCUAAAUGGCUUCAGCUUCACGGGCUCAAAAGAAACAAAUUGUCCCUAUCCCAGAUUUUGUCACGGAUUGGAUUCCAGCACAGGAAAGAUUAUGUGACCACCUUGGGGAAACUUGUGGCUUCUCGGUAUGCAGAUGGUCUGUUUCCUCAAUACAAGAGAGCACAAGAUGGCAGCGUGUAUAAUCUGACAGCCAAAAAAGAACUUAUUCUUCAUUUUGUGGAUUGUCUAAUGAGAGCUAUUGAGCUAUAUAAGCAGCGAAUGGAAUGGUUAACCAGUGAGAGCCGGCAGAUAUUUGGAGUGAUUCAAGAACAGUGCAUUGUAAUUGUUUUGGAUUUUGGCACGGCAGCUCCAACUGAAUUUGAUCUAUGUCGGGAUGCACUUUCUAUGGUACUUGUGGAACAGGUGACCCAAGUUGCCAAAUUCAACCUCAUUCGGGCUGCUCAGAAUCUUAUGAAGUGGCAACAGAAAUCUACUCCUGUGUCUGAGCAUAGUGUAAAGUCUGCUGUUACGUGGCUCUGGAAGCUGGACCAUAUGACAGCUGCCAGCCAUAUCAACUCUGCUGAAGCCCUGCUGGAAGCCAUGAGUGAUGAGGCGGUUGAAGCUGUUUAUUACUUUGCUGUGGGUGAUGUUCCAGUGGACACAAAGCAGCUACUCCUUAAGAAGGUUUCUGAUGGCCCCUGUCCAGUAAACACUGUAUCUUUCAAUGCUAGGGAAGAUGAAACUAUUAUUUUUCUGAGAGACCUGAGCCGUUUGGCCUCUGGCAGAUUCCAUGCUUUUGCUCAGAAGAAUGACUAUAAAGAUGCUACUGGACCUGCACUGAAAUGUGAAGAGGAUGGAAGAGGUCUAAUUGCCCCAGAUUCCAGAAAAGUGAAAGGGCGAAUGCCACUAGUAGCUGGUGUCCGUGAAGAUGUCUUUUUGAUCUGGAAAGAGUUGGAGGAAGCCAGACAUACAGUGAGACAAGUUCAGAAAAUUUUAUCAGAAUCUGACCAGCCAACCAAAACAGAUCAUCUAUUACAAAAGCAUACAUCUGAUAAAUAUUUGACAUCUGAGAAGUGGUUGCAGAAGUAUGGCUUGAAAGCUCAGAAGCUCACACUGUAUGAUGCACUUGCUGAUUGUACUUUUCGCCAUGCAGAUGGGAUUGUUGACAUAAAAACUAAACCAGAGGAUGUAUCUUUACAAACUGAUGCUGAGACAAAGAGGAAGGUAAUUCAUGCAAAAUACUGCGACAAGUUUGUACAUACCUUGUGGAAAGAUGGAUCCGUAGUUCACUUAUAUGUCAGUACAGAAAAGUAUAAGCAGUACGAGGAGAAAAUGAGGACAGCUCUCAGACAAGUGGAAGGAAGGAUUAAGUGGCUUCAACAAGGAAGCAGAGGGCUCUUUGGUAAUGUGUUUGAAGAUGAUGUCUGUAUUCUUAUUGAUACAUCCCACUCUAUGAAGGACAAGCUGCCACUGGUGAAGGAGAAAAUAUUUCAGCUCAUACAGGAACAACUGAGACACAAAAAGAGAUUUAACUUUGUGAAAUUUAGUGCCCAAGCAGUGGCGUGGAAAGAGAAACUUGCUGAAGUUAAUGAGGAAAAUUUGCAAGAUGCUUGUCUUUGGAUAAAAGGACUUGAGACUGGAAGUUCCACAAAUACACUCAAAGCUCUCCAGAUUGCUCUUGCUGAUACUGACACUCAGGCUAUUUAUCUCUUGACUGAUGGGAGACCUGACCAGCCCCCGCCAAUAAUUUUGGCUCAAGUCCAGCUUCAUCGUAAAAUUCCCAUCCAUACUGUAUCCUUCAACUGUGACGAUAAAGAAGCUAAUAAAUUUUUGUAUGAACUAUCUACUGAAACAGAGGGACAGUUUCAUUAUUACAAUAUUUAUUUGACUGAUUCUGAUACUGAAGACAUAGAUCUUUUGAAAAGAGAGAUUGAACAAGGAGAAAGAGACCUAGAGAAAGUGAAGACCAUUCAUGCUGAAUGUCUAAUGAUGGAUUGUUGUAAAGGAGAAAAUGAUCCACCGAAUAACACUAAUCACAAGCACACACAUACUGUGUCUUCUGUAACCAAACAUGUUGAAGACCUGAGUACUACUCUUAAUAGCAGCGGGGCAUGCUGUGCUUCAGAAGAGCCAGCACUGACACCACAUCAACAAAUCUGGCAAACCACUGCUGACAGUCCAGCCCGAAGGAAGAAAGCAUUAUAUGCAGAGCAAACAAAGACAAGUCUGCUGCGAAUCCAGAGCCAUAGUGUGAAAUUUAGGAAAGAAAGGCCAGAAGAGGGAACAUCUCCUGAAAAGAAGAGUUUUUCUAUUAAAAAGAGUGUGAACUGUACAACCAUUUUCAAAGGAAAGUUGACAGAACAGGAAGCUCUGUGUGGAACAGACGGUAACAUUUCUUCCACUGCAUUUUCUCUUUUUUCUAGUUCUCUAGGUAUCUCUUCGGCUCUUUGGUUAAAGACCCAUGGCCUGGCUGCCAGGCGACUCACCAUCAUGGAUGCCUUAGCUCCUACAGUUGUCCCUCAUGGUACCAAAUACACCCCAGUUCUGGACAAGCAGGUAGUUUCUAAAGUAUUUGUUGAGAUGCUACCAUUGUCCCAUGUCAGCAACAAGGAGAAGCAGAUCACACUAAUUAAUCCUCAGGCAGUGAAUCCUGAUGCCUAUAAAAAGAAGCUGGAACAAGCAGUUAAAUCCUAUGAAAGGCGCCUAAACCUAAUUAUUUGGAGAGCACUACCUCAGGAAGAAAGAGAGAAAUUUAAAGAGGAUGGGCCAGUCCAAUAUAUGCAGCAUAAAGAAGCCUUGCUGGGGGCUUUAGAGAAUUUGGGAUGGCCAAUUUCCUGUGAAGAUGUAAUACUGUUAGAAGAUGAGAUACUGGCAGCUUUAACAUAUAUACAACAAGCCUCUGAUCUUCAGGAAGCUGUCAAAAAGGAAACUGAGAAAAGCUCAGAGUCACACAUAGGCAACAAUAAAAAGAGACUUGAAGGAGAAACUGCGAAGUCAAAGUCUAAAAACAGACAAAAAGAUCAAGUAUUUGUGAUUCAGAAAAACCAAAGGGUGAUUGCAAGAUCAGAUGUCACAGGAUAUUAUUAUCCAGGAACUGUGAUAAAGAAUAUCAGUUCUACCCGUGCACUUGUUGACUUCAGCAAUGGAGAGACCCAUACUGUACCUGUGAAGUUCACUAUACCUGUGGGAGGUGCUAUGCCAUGCCCGUAUCUACAGGUUGGAGACCAUGUGUUUGCCAGAACUGUGACACAGAGAGGACAUGAAUGUUAUGUGCCUGCUAUUGUCAUAGCAACACCAAAGAGGGUGGAAAUGGGUGUCAAACUCUACACAGUUCUGAUGUUCAACAACAGGAAAGAACACUGUGUAAGAAGCAGGCUUAUUAAAAUCAGCCAAACAAAGUUCGCCUUUUCCUGUCAGUACAUAAGGAUGGUGCAGAUGGUGGAUUAUAUGACUCUGGACAGGGAGACCACAAAGCCUUAUCCUCACUCAUCUGUGGAAGAUGAAGGAGAAGAAGCAAAGAAGUGUAUUGUGAAAGAAGAUAGGGGAAAAAAGAAACAGGAGAGCGGUAGACAGAAGUCAUCCAGGGAGAGGAUAUCAGACUCUGAUGAUCUUCUAGUCUCCAGAAGGGAAGUAAAACAGAAAGGAAGAAAUUCACUGCCUAGUAAUGAAGAAGAUUUUGGAAGUAAAGAAGUAGCUCUGAAAAAUUAUAAAUACGGGUCUUUAGUUAAUCCCCACACAAAGAACCAGGUUUCUGCAUUUCUGGGUGUUAGACCAGCCUGCUUUUCCACGUCCUGUGUAAUAAGAUUCUUUCACCUCCUUUGGAAACCAUUCUUCACACUGAUCAUUCUCAGCAUGUGUUUCCACAGCAAAGAGAAGAACUGAAUAAAGCAUGUUCUGACAUAUGCUACCUAACAUUUGUAGUAGCAAUGAAGAUGCAGUAACACCAACGUCAGUAUCUGCUAGAGUAUAUAUUCCAGUCCCUCUACUUUUGUUGCUUGUUAAAGGUAUGCCUAUAUUGCAGGCAUUAAAUUAUUGCAUGUGGAGCUCAAUACUUCAGAGGUUAGAUUGCUUUUAGUGUCUGAGGUAGCUCAGUUAAAACUGACAACAGUAUCUAUGUUCCCUGUCACUGCAGUAGAGACAGGGGCUGACAUAGGUAUGCCAUUACGUGCCACAGUCAGCUCUUCUUUUUAAAGAUCCUACUGUCAGUGGAAAGAUAAGAGGACUUUUGUCCAUACCUGCUAGCUGUACCUUGAAAGCAUGUUUAAAAAUCCUCAUUAUUUAUUUACUUUCAGAAGCA